ACCGAAGUGUUCUUCCCAAAAGUCAGGGCUACUGUUAAUGUUAUCACGUUAUGCAAUAGAGUUUCUUGAAAAAGGGGGAAAAACAUGUCUGAUACGAAACCUGAACCAAAGCGAGAGGGAACUAUGAAGACAACUAGCAAGGAAGGAGAACAGUACUUGAAAGAAGUGUGGAACUACACACCAAGUUGGAGCAAAGGAAGCAGCAGUUCAUCUGGAAGUGGGAAAAAGGAAGAUAACACAGAAUCUAACCAGAAAGGUCAGGUAUCAGCUGAGAACACAGAUGGUAACGGUGCUGUGGAAGGGCCAGUAGCAAAGAAAGCAAAGCUAGUCAAGGACCAUACAAUGGUGGAAACAGCAACGACAGGAAAGAAAUUCCUCGGGAAAGAAGUGUUAGAAGAAACGAGAUCAGCAACUCGAGCCAUUCGUGACACAGCUAAAGUUUCACUAAAGAGGUUGGGAACAAUGGCUAAAACAGCUCAAGAAGGUGAAGCCUUGCUGAAAGACUUGGGAUACCCAGAGGAAGGUGGGAAAGCAGAUAAACGACAAACCCGGUCACAAACCCGUGGUGGUAAUCAACAGUCUCCUUCAUCCCAAAAAAAGACACCAACAAGGGAGUCUACCAGACAGAGUCGAAGGGGUGGACCACAGAAAGAUGACCAGGAGGAAUCAUCAGAAGAGAACGAAGAUGAUGCUGAUCAGAAAGAAUUGAAGAGCAAAAAACGAGAAGAUUCUGCAGCAGACUCGAAUCAGGACUGAUUCCAUGUUUCCAGACUGCAGUAAAAAAAUAAUGUUUUAAUGUAGUAGAAAAGAACAGAAAGCAGUUUAGAAAAACCUAGAAAUCAUGAUUUCUUUUUUUAUUUUCUGUCAUGAAACUGCUGAUAGAUAUGCAUGAAUUUAAAGUCAUUUUUAUAUGUGUUGUGUGUUUGUACAGUUUGUGGUACAGUAGGAUUUAGCAUUUUAUCUGUCUUAAGGACUGUUUCCUCUUCCCUGUUCGGAUGUAUGGGACAUUUCUAUCAGUUUUAGGUAGAUCUUGCUUUUGGUUUAAUAUCUUUAUGUUUUGGGGUAUCUUUUCUCAUAGCUUCUCUGUGUACUAUAAAGACCUACUAAUUUAAGCAAAAGUCACCUGGGUCACUGAUAGGGAAAGAACACAAAUGUGUAAGUUGAAUUGAUAGACUGAUUUAACUGAAAAUUAAUCAGAUUAGUUUGGAUUUUGAGUUUUAUAUACUUAUCUGCUUGCUUAAAGAAGUUAAAAAAAUGUUCAAAACGUUUACUGAAUAAGUAAGAUUAUGCAUCAUUAAUUAAAAUAAAAUACACUGUUCAAGUGUUUACAGCUUAUUUACCAAUCUAAGAACAUUUAUGUAGUUAUUAAAUAUUGUAUCGGGCACAUUGAUGGUAUUUUUCAUGAACAGUUUUUGCCUCCCAUCGUGGCUUUAUUGUGUGGCAUUUGAAAGUCAGUGUUGAAAAAAUAUCAAACUUAAGCCCAACGCAUUACCUAAGAAACCCAUAGGAAGAGACCUGCCUAUAAAACAAUGCUUUAGCUAUCUUUGAUUUCUUGGUUUUUUAAAAAAACAGGGACAAGCAUGUUUACUACUUGAACAAAAUUGUUUCCUGGUGCUUUGAUAUAUUUAUUUUUAUCACAUAUUUUUCACAUUCAUGAAUCGUUUUACUACUCAAAGUGUCAUUGUAUUUUUCCAAAGCGAGGAAGCUCAAAGAUCCUAAUUAAAGUUUUGUGUACAAACUCAGAGCAAGACUUUUCUGCUUUAUUUGAUGUUCCUCUGGUCAGGUUCUUUAUCUACAGGUGAAUUGUGUGUUGUUUCUAUAACUAGUUGGAUUAUAUUUUGUUACAACUCCAGGAUGGUAAAGUAUUGUUCCUGUAGCUCUAGUCUGAUUACGUAUUCCACAACCAAGAGAAAAACACACAGGUUUCUGGUUGUAUCAUUGCUGUAAUUCCAGGAUAGUAAUGUGUUGUUUCAAUAGCUCUGUUAAGAUUAACAAACACAAAAACUGAUGUUUUUUGUUCUAAUAUAGUAGCACAAUGUCCCUGAAAGUAAAUUAUACCUCUAGUAUAGUUAAGUAUUCCAAAACUAGUUUCUGGCUAGGUACUGUUGCUAUAACUCCAAGUUUUCAAUAGAUUGCUCUUGUAGUUAUGUUAUGUUGGAUAUUGUUUUGUAUUAUUAAUAUCUAUCCCAAUGUUUUAUUUUUAUUUUCUUGCAAACUUUAUAGAACAAUUUUAUUUGUUUAUAAAAAACAGAUUCCACAAAAGAACCUAGAACUGGGUUCUAGUAGGGACAGAUGACAAUUUGGGUUUAACCUAGAACUAGGUUCCAGGAGGAACAGCUGACAAGAAUUGGGUUUAACCUAUAACUAGAUUCCAGUAGGAACAGCUGACAAUUUAGGUUUAAUCUAGAACUAGGUUCCAGUAGGGACAGCUGACAAUUUGGGUUUAAUCUAGAACUGGGUUCCAAUAGGGACAGCUGACAAUUUGGGUUUAAUCUAGAACUGGGUUCCAGGAGGAACAGCUGACAAUUUGGACUUAACCUAGAACUAGGUUCCAGUAGGAACAGCUGACAAUUUAGGUUUAAUCUAGAACUAGGUUCCAGGAGGAACAGCUGAUAAUUUGGGUUUAAUCUAGAACUAGGUUCAAGUUAGAACAGCUGACAAUUGGGGUUUAAUCUAGAAUUAGGUUUAAGUAGGAACAUUUGACAAUUUGGGUUUAAUCUAGAAUUAGGUUUAAGUAGGAACAGCUGACAAUUUGGGUUUAAUCUAGAACUGGGUUCGAGUAGGAACAGCUGACAAUUUGGGUUUAAUCUAGAACUGGGUUCCAGUGGGAACAGCUGACAAUUUGGGUUUAACCUAGAACUAGGUUCCAGUAGGAACAGCUGACAAUUUGGGUUUAACCUAGAACUGGGUUCCAGUAGGAACAGCAGACAAUUUGGGUUUAACCUAGAACUAGGUUUAAGUAGGAAAAGCUAACUAUUCUACUUCUCACAUACGGCUAACAAGGACCUGUUAGGUUUUUCAAAGCUGUCCCUCAAGAACAAGAAAGGAAAAAUUAAAGAUAGGUUUUAUUUUUUGACAUAAGUGGUAAUGUUAUCAGAACUGUUAUUUGAUAUUGUCAUACAGAGUAAGUGACUGUACAAAUACAUUAGUUAUCACCUUCCUGAAUUAUUUACAAAUCUACAUUACAUGGAUGUUAACUAUAUGGCUUCAUCAACACUUAGGAUAAGUCAAACAGUCUUAAGACAUUUUAAUUCAUCAUUGUUGACUAGACUAUUGUAAUUCCUAUAAAAGCAACUAAAGAAUAAGCAAUCAAAGAUUUUUUAUGCUAGGCCUUUGGCUAUGGGUGGCAUUAAAAGAGUGACAGUCAGAUUCCACUAUUCAGUGAGAGCAAUCAAGAGUUGGCAGUGGGUGUUGCUGACUAGCCUUUUUUCUAUCAAUUUAAAAUUAGGAACAGCUAAUGCAGAUAGCCCUCGAGUAGCUUUAAGUGAAUGUCUGAAACAGAUACUUCAAUAUUUUAAUUCCACCUGACAAAUAUAUAAAAAAUGAGUAACAAGAUCUCCCACCAAAACCAAUCAUAAAUUAUACCAAUUAUUAUAGAAGGUGUUAACGCUCCUUCAUUCAUUAAAGGUUUAUGAUUUUAUCUGUUGAAAGGUAGCUUAUUUUCAUACACAGACUUACGCUCUUUUAUUUAAUUCUUUAUAUCAGCCAUUUUAGGUUUUAAAAUUUUCUAUAUUUUGAUUAAAUGCAGAGAUUUUGUUGACUUUCAUUAGCAGCUAUGUUUCAUAUAUAUAUAUAAUUGUUAUUUUGUUAAAACUUAAGUAUGAAAAUACGUUCUUAUGUUUAAUCUGUAUUAUGAGUUUGAAUUAUUGUUCAAGUAUUUUGAAUGAAAUUUGUUUUAGCUUUAAUUGUGAUUUAUGGAAGAUGAAAAGUAAGAUUUUGUAUUUUUGAUCGUUGCCAAGUGUAUUUUUUAUGUAUAUUUUUGUGCUACAAUAGUUAGGCAGAUUUUCAUUCUUUCAAAACAUUCAAAUAAAAUGACCCCCCCCUUUUUUUUGUUACCUUAAAUCCCACAAAGAAUAUUUUAUUUUCUAGCCCUUCGUGACUAGAUUUUCAUGGGUUUGUUGUAUUGAAAGUUGAUGGUUUACGUUUUACUUGUACUCUCUAUUUUCUCAAAAAAAAUUAUAUUUUUGGGAUCUAACUUAAGUUGAUAUACUUUUAUAACUAGAAACAUCUGUGAUUGUUGGUACUUAAGCAUAUGCAAUUUUGUGAUUUUAUGAGCUUAUAAUAUUUUAAUUUUUUCUGCUGUGUUGUUUAUGAUUUUUCUGAACUAUAUCGCAGUGCUUCUGUUUAAGUUCAGAGAUAAACAAAUCAUUAUUAAAAACAAUAAAUAUAAGGGUUUUUUUUACAAGUAAUUAAAUUUAAUUUGCUGAAAUGUAUUUUUUCAGACAUUUGUACUUACAUUUUGGUUUAGUAGAUAUAAGAAAUGUUUUUGUUGGUUUUUUUAAAAUCUAAACAUGGCCUUUCAUUUGUGCUCAUUUAGGUAAAAUAUGGUUGUUCAUCUUACACAAUUAACUUAACAGUCAAAAACUAUUUGUAACAUUGUUUAUUAAACACAGAAGUUGACACAAAGAAGUGACAGAUUUAUGCACUUGUGGCACUAAAGUAGUCAGAACUCAUCAGUAAAGUUCAUCUUAUUCCCAGCUUAUAACAAUGAACUAAAGAGAGUGACAGAAGAAUUGUCAAGAAAAGGUUAAAUUCCUAAUAGAAUUGAACAACAGAAAUAAAAUAAAAAUACCAUGUAAUAUUAAGGUACAUAUUGUAGGUUUUGUAACUCCUAUAAUUAGUCCCUAAACAUUAAUACAUUAAUUUAUGGCAAAAGGAGCAAACAUGAUUCUUUAGACCAAGGAUUAAAUUUAACUUUAUGAAUGGUAUAGAAGGAAAAAUCAUACGGUUUAAAAUGUUUCAAAGCAAACACAUUUUUUGUGAUGUUAUAUAAUAGACCAAAAUUGUGGUUCAAAGCUCAGUUUGUUUUUGUGAGAGUUACUGUGUUGAGUUUGUUUAAUCUUCAAUAUUACUCUGAGACAACACAUCAUUGUUACAAGAAACCCUCAUAUUUAAUGUACCAGAUAUUUUAUAAACAUUUUGGCUGAAAACAGUUAGUUAUAAUGAAAGUACACAAUACAUUACAGCCAUGUUUAAUAAAGCUACAUAACACUACAGUCAGUGUUUUUAAAGGACAUUACAGCCAUGUUUAAUAAAGCUACAUAACACUACAGUCAGUGUUUUUAAAGGACAUUACAGCAAAAAACGUUUUUUAAAAUUAUAACUGAUUUGACAGCUGACUACUUUUACACUUUCUGUUGUAGUUAAUAUGCAUCGUAGGUACAGUGCAUUAGGGUAAUGGAUCACAAAGAUGGCAAACGUGGCAUGUUCUUUUUUUUUUUGUGUGUGUUCAUCACAUACUCUGCCAGUUACUACCGUUUCCAAUCUUCCUGGUAUCAGAUUGAAAAUCUGAAAGUUGAAAUCAGCUCAACUAAUGUAACUAAACUGUUUACUAAUAAUUUCUAUUGUGCUUUUUCGAUUAUAAUAUUUCAUAAUUUUUUUUCAGCCACAUUUUUAGUAAAAUAUCCUACUUUUUCAUGGCCAUGGAUCUUAAAACAGGUUAGAAACAUUAAAUUAUACAGUUAUCUAACAUUUACAAUACAGUUCCAGAAACUACAGCCUUCUAGUUUUAUCAAAGCCUUUUACAGAGAGAGAGACCAUAGUUAUAGAUCAUUACAUCACUUAGCAACCAAUGAUAACCUGUAGUAAAACAACAUUACAGAAAUUAACAGGUUUUAUGUACCAAUUGUUUCUCAGUGAAAUUAUUACAUUACAUCUCUUAGCAACAAAUUAUACUCCAAAAAUAAUCUGUAGUGAAACAACAAUACAUAACAAAUUUACAAUACUUAAUAUUACAUAGGAAACUAAAACAAUUGUUCAGGAAAUUUUUACAUACAGUAUCAAAAUAUUAUACUAAAGAAAUAGUUUUAACUGAUUAAAAAUUUAUUCUAUUAAUGUAAGCCAACUGCUGUUAAUUGGGUUAUAGAUUAAUACACUAUGGUGCAAUACUAUAGUAGGCUAUUGCAGUAACAAUUUCUUUUAUUUAUUUUUUGUUUGCAGUUUAAUGUAAUCAAACUGUGUUGUACAUUUAACAGUUGUAUAAUUUAGUGUUGUAUUCAGUUUUGGUGAAACUACAGUCGUGCGUAAUGGCACUACAAGCCACCUCUCAUUAUUGAGUAGUGACGUGAAGCUUUACAAAGGCGUCUGUAACGAGGAAUACUGUAAGUAUCUUUGUUGCAAAAAAAACAACAUGUUUUACUGGCACAACUUAAAGAGAUGGUUUUGGUUUUGAUGAAUCAUAAAAAUCUGUUCAUGGGAAAAAAUAGGCUUAACAAAGAGAACUCAUUUAAGCCUAUUUCAUGCUUCUUAAUGUGAUGUCAAAAUCCUAUAAUUCAUCCACACAGAAAUCAUUACUGUAGUGAAAUGGGUUGAAUUAUCCAGUCCAAUACUAACACAUCAAAUUAUACUUAGAAGAGAUGCUUGAGUUUCUUCACGUUAAAUAUCAUGGUUCAUCGUAGCACACUAGAUAUCUUUCAUCCUGUUAAAAACAGUAACAUAUCUUGAUAUUUGAAGGUUGGAGAGUAAAGCUUUACAGAAAACUUGUGCACAAAACAUUCCCAGUGAGGAUAAAAACAUCAAGGUUCCUCGCACAAUCAGUGUAGCAACGUGAUGUCUGUCAUAACUAUUACUAAUUAGUUCAAUGUGUGUAUGUGUAUACUUUACUACAAGUUAAUAAUACUUUAGGUACGGCUUGAGGUCGUGUGGUAUGUGUAGAACUAAGGAACGUGUCAUUCUUAUUCCUGCAAGUAUUUUCAAGUUUGAAGGAAAAAUUUGUAUCAGUUUUGGUAGCUGAAAUGUAAGUUUUAGUAUUGGUAUUUUGUUGUGAAGUGAAAAAAGGUUUUGGGAGCUCGGGCUCUUUGGGCAAUGAAGUUAAAAAGACUGAUUGUACUUCAAAACUUGUUACAAAGUUAAUCUGCUUUUUGAAAUUGUUUUAUGAUAAAUACUAUGUUUGCUUUUUUAUCCAUGAAGACCAAUGGAAUCAUUGAAAAUGAUCUACAACAGGUGGUUCUAGAAACUGCUCAAGCCCUUUUGUUCACUUACUCUAUGUGGAUGCGUCUAUUUCUUAUACAAGUUUUAGUACUCAAAUUUGGCUAAUGACACUUGGAUCCUGAAAAUUUCAAUGUUGGUGUUUUUUCCUUUUCAUCCAGUGAAGAAAUUUAGCUGAUUUGUGAUUUGAAUUUUAAUAAAAACAAGAAUAAAUGUUGUGUCUUCACGAGA